AUGGGAAAGUUCAGUAUCCACGAUGGCGACGACUACAGACACUUGCUAUCGAGACGAGCUGCGAUGACACUCAGUCGAACGGGUGGCAAUGAUGACCAAGAUGCCUUGAAAUUGGAGUCAAAGGUUCUCUUCCACGAGAAAGUGACCGCCAAGUCAGAAUCCUACGGCGGCAUACAUCCACUGGUUGCACUGCACUCGCACCAGGCGAGCUUAGGACCACUGCUUCAGAAGGCGCUCGCACAGUGUAAUGCCUUCACCAGCAGCGAUGGCUCGAAGGCGCAGUGGCGACCUGACUUCGUCUCCGUGACCCGCGGUCCUGGCAUGCGGUCAAAUCUGACGGUUGGACUUGAGGCUGCCAAAGGACUUGCUCUGGCUUGGGGAGUCCCGCUGGUAGGUGUGCACCACAUGCAGGCGCAUGCUCUGACACCUCGAUUGUGCUCCACACUGCGGUCUGCGGAAGAUCCAACGCGCAUCAUCACCAGGUCUGCGGAUGGCAAUGGUGGUACUAAUGCACUGCAAUGGACUCCGUCGACACUUGAGCCAACAUUCCCGUUCUUGAGCGUCCUCGCCAGUGGCGGACACACCAUGCUCAUCGAGUCGAGCACUCUACUCGAGCACAGGACUCUGGCCGAAACGGCAGAUAUCGCCAUCGGCACAUGCCUUGAUAAAGCUGCCCGAGCUAUUCUACCAUCUGAGCUACUCAUCCCGCCAUAUGGACGAGCCUUGGAAAACUUCGCAUUCCCAGAUGGCGAAAGCUCGUACAGCUAUACUCCGCCUGCGCAGCGAAAGGAUGAGCUCGAGCUCCGUCAGACGGCAUGGGGUUGGGCGAUUCGGCCACCACUGGCCGAAACCACUUACGGGAAGAGCAACCGAAGGAUGGUCUACUCCUUCGCCGGCAUGCUGACCUAUGUCCAGCGGCUCUUUGCAGAUAGUGCGGAGCGUUGCGUUGAUGAGAGGAGGAAAAUGGGUCGAGAGGUGAUGAGAGUCGCCUUCGAGCACCUAGCUUCACGCAUUCUUCUACACUUGUCCGACCUCACUCUCACUGAGCGGGAGAAGGUCAACACAGUCGUCGUAUCCGGCGGAGUUGCAGCUAACAGCUUCCUACGCCAUGUCUUGCGAGCAAUGCUGAAUGUCAGGGGUUUCGAGCACAUCAAGCUUGAAUUCCCGCCGAUUGAGCUGUGUACGGACAAUGCGUUGAUGAUCGCAUGGGCAGGAAUGGAGAUGUUUGACGCGGGCUAUCACAGUGAGCUGAAUAUCCUGCCGAUCAGGAAGUGGAGCAUGGAUCCUGAUGUUGAGGAUGGCGGGAUUCUGGGGGUUGGUGGGUGGAAGAAGAGGACGGAAUGA